AUGCGUGGCGAGAUCUUACACCUGAACAUUGGCCAGGCUGGUGUUCAGCUCGGUAAUGCCGCAUGGGAGCUGUACCUGCUCGAACACGGUCUGACUCCCGAGGGUCGCUACAACCCCGAACUCACCGACGAGGUUGGCCAAAGUGGCUCUUAUGAGACUUUCUUCACUGAAACCUCGGGCGGCAAAUACGUUCCCCGUUCCGUCUUUGUCGAUCUCGACCCUUCCCCUAUCGAUGAGAUCCGCACUGGCACCUACCGCCAACUGUUCCACCCUGAGCAGCUGAUUAGCGGCAAAGAGGAUGCUGCCAACAACUAUGCCCGUGGUCACUACACUGUUGGCAAGGAACUUGCCGAUACUGUGCUUGACCGUAUCCGCCGUCUCGUUGACAACUGCUCUUGCCUGCAGGGCUUCUUGAUCUUCCACUCCUUCGGCGGUGGUACUGGCUCCGGCUUUGGUGCCCUUCUGCUUGAGCGUCUUGCUACUGAGUAUGGCAAGAAGUCCAAGCUGGAGUUCUCCGUCUACCCUUCACCCCGCGUCUCCAACGCUGUUGUUGAGCCCUACAACGCGGUGCUUUCCACCCACAGCACCAUCGAGAACUCUGACUGUACAUUCCUUGUCGACAAUGAAGCUGUUUACGAUAUCUGCCGCCGCCACCUGGACAUUCCCCGUCCCGGCUACGAGCACUUGAACCGUCUCAUUGCUCAGGUUGUCAGCUCCAUUACUUCCAGCUUGCGCUUCGACGGUGCCCUGAACGUCGACCUGAACGAGUUCCAGACCAACCUGGUGCCUUACCCCCGUAUCCAUUACCCUCUCAUCUCCUACGCCCCCGUUGUCUCGUCCAACCGUAGCUCGCACGAGAGCUUCAAGGUCCAGGACCUGACCUUCCAGUGUGUGGAGCCAAACAACCAGAUGGUGGUCUGCGAUCCUCGUAACGGCAAGUACAUGGCUGUGGCUCUGCUCUACCGUGGCGAUGUCGUUCCUCGUGACUGUAACGCCGCCGUUGCCGCCCUAAAGGCCAAGCCUUCCUUCAACCUGGUCGAGUGGUGCCCCACUGGUUUCAAGCUGGGUAUCAACUACCAGAAGCCCGUCCGUGUUCCCAAUAGUGAGCUGGCCCCUGUCGACCGCUCCAUCAGCAUGCUUUCCAACACCACCGCCAUUUCGGAGGCCUGGAGCCGUCUGGACCACAAGUUCGACCUCAUGUACUCCAAGCGUGCUUUCGUGCACUGGUACGUUGGUGAGGGUAUGGAAGAAGGUGAAUUCUCUGAGGCUCGUGAGGAUCUGGCCGCUCUGGAGAAGGACUACGAGGAGGUCGCUGGCGACACUAUUGACGAUGAGGAGGAGCCCGAGUACUAA